AUGCCACUAGCUCUUAUUGUACGUGAAAACAAGCAACUUGCCGUCGAGGAACUCGCACUACCUAAAUAUGGACCGAACGAUCUUCUGAUUAAAGUAACACACGUUGCACAAAAUCCAACUGAUUGGAAACAUGUUCAUUUCGGCUUUGCCAAGCCUGGUUCAAUUGUUGGCUGUGAUUUUGCUGGUGAAGUCGUGGAAGUUGGAAGAGAAGCAACAGGAAACUACACUAAAGGUGAACGUGUAGCCGGUUGUGUUCAUGGUGGUCUAGAUGCUUCAUUUGAUAUUCGUGGUGCUUAUUCAGAAUAUGUUGUACAGGAUGCAUCACUGGUUUUCCGCUAUCCAUCGACUUUAUCUUCAGAGUCAGCCGCUACAAUACCAUUAGCCAGUAUUACUGCAGCACUUGGUCUCUUUCAUGAAAUGAAUUUACCAUUUCCUCCUGCUACUUCUGGCAGUUCUAUUCUAGUUUGGGGUGGUAGCACAAGCGUCGGUCAAUAUGCUAUACAAUUGGCUAAAGCAGCUGGUUGCUUUGUUAUUGCAACUGCAUCGCCUGCUCGUCAUGCAUAUUUGAAAGAACUUGGUGCUGACGCCUGCUUCGAUUACAAGGAUUCGAAUGUUGUCUCACAAAUCAAAGAAGCAUCGAAAAAUAAUUUGGCUUACGCUAUCGACUGUAUUUCUGAAAAUGGUUCAACUGCAACAGUGUGUGCAACACUAACUGGUGCGAAUGCACAAGUUGUCACUGUUCUACCUGGUGUAUCAAAAGAAGUUCCAUCUCAUGUAACAGAACGUAGCGUCAUGAUGUAUACAAUUUUCGGACGUAAAAUGCACGUCUUCGGUCAAGAUCAUGAAGCCAAACCUGGGGAUAAGGCAUUUGCCGAGAAAUUUUACUUACAACUCUCAAAUAUCUUACUACCUCAGGGUCUUGUCAAGCCGAACAAAGCGACAAAAAUUACAGGUGGACUCAAUGGAGUUGAACAAGGAUUUCAAAUGAUGAUGGAGAAUAAAAUAGCUGCAGAAAAAUUGGUGUAUACAAUGGCCGAGACUACUAAACCAUAG